CAAUGCGAUUAGAGGAACACUGACUUGCACGUCUACAGUGUUAACAUAAGAACCCACUGAGUUCUCCGCUGAGUGCUCCAUGACGGUGAUGAAGAUCACAGCGAUAAAGAUGAAGCUGUUGAUGCUGGUGUUGGCGGCCCAGCUGCUGAAGGUGAACUCGGUUGAAGAAGAAAACAUUCUUGAAAAAGUUUCUAAAGAAAUAAAUAAGCGCAUUCAGGAGGUGAAAGCAUCAUGCCAAGUGAGGAAAGUGGCAUUCUCUGCGGCUCUGCAGCCUCCUGUUGUUACGAGCAGUGGGUUUGGAAUAAUAGGACCCCAUUCCAACAUUUCCAUCCUCGUACACGGCCACAUCAUCACCAACAUUGGUGAUGCCUACAACCCAGAAACAGGUGUGUUCAUAGCUCCAGUGAAGGGUGUUUAUUUCUUCACCUUCACCACAUAUAGCUGGGCUAAGAAUGCCAACAUUGGGGUGGUUUUGUACCAGAACCAAAAGGAGGUGCUACGGGUUUGGGAGCAUCAGGGCGAGGGGGAUAAUGAAGAUUACGCCACUAACUCAGCCACCCUGGUCCUGCAGCCACUCGACACCGUGAGCCUCCGUCUGCCAAAGGGCUUCCAGGUGGCCGCCAGCUUCGAUGACAACAGACACACCUUCUCUGGAUUUCUGCUCUACCAGCUGUGAGCUGCCAGUGAGGCCUCUCAGCACCUGCAGUCGCUUUCAUCACAACAGAAAUUAAGAAAAAGUACAUUUAAAUCUUAGAAGUCAACAGUUUAAAUCCAAUUGAAAUAAUUGCGUAGUUACAUUCUGUUUGUUUCAACUUCAGGCAUUGAUAAAAAUGUAUGGAAAAUGUAAUGGAUGGUCCUGCAUUCUGCAAAAUAAGACCGAACACAACGUUUCAUUAAAUUCAAAAAUCAAAAUAUGCCAUGAAUGUGUCUGAAUGUAAUACCAAAAUGGUGUGGACUUGAAAUUAUAGACUCUGCAGUUGAUCCCAGAAACUAUGAGUGAUAAAUAAGCUUUCACCAGCUUUUAUUCUCGCUGGUAAAAACUUGUAAGGUUUAUAAUAGUGGGCCUGCUCAGUAUCAAAAUGUAUGUAUAUUGCUUUGUCAAUGAAAAAAAUAUAAAAGGUCCUUGGUCAUGUUAUUAUAUUUACAUUUAUGGCAUUUUGCAGACACUCUUAUCCAGAGCAACUUACAAUUUACAUUUACAUAGGUAAACGUGGUUCACCUUGAAGUGCUGCUUCUGCUCAAGUACAGUGAAGAUGUCAAUUGAGUGAACUGUAAUCUAAAAGCAGUCAGUAUGAAGGCACACAUACUGUAAAAGAAAAGGAUGUUAUGUUUUUUAAUGGAUUAUUUUUCUGUAUAAUUUAAACAUUUUUCCAUGUCUGAUUUUACUGUCACUUUUCCAUAUUUCCAAGCACUUGGAAUUUCCAUGAUGAUACAUUCAAAUAACUAUAUGAUAAUGUAUGGUAAAAUAUCAACUUAGACAUGUAGCUACAGCAUUGACCAUUAGCUGUUAAGUAGCUGUUAAGUUACCAAAUAUUCUAGCAUAACAUGAUUCUUUUUCUGCAUUUUACUUACUAUUUACAGCAAUGUUAACUACUUUAACACCUUAAAAUCUCAGGUGUAUUACAGGCUAAGGCUUAUUAUUCAGCUACUACACAGACUACAAUGCAAAUUAGUGUUAGCAUGUGCUACAGUUUCCCACAAAUGUUCGUUUGGCCUAUAAGCAAGACAAGAAAGGGGUACAAGUGUAUAAAAGCCAGGUAGCUACAUCAGCUAAUGUUAAAUAACAGUAGCUAGUUAGCCACAGGGCUGCCAACUCUCAUGCCCUUGCUGUGAGACUCACGCAUUUAUGUUGCUAGUACAAUGUUAACUUCCAUUACCAAUGGGAACUCCCGUGUAAUACUAGCAUCAAGCUAAUUGCAUCUGUUUCCAUUUUUACUCUGCUCUACUUAAACAUGGACAAUUAAAGCUUGUAACAGGCAUUUAAGUAACAUCAUCUCACUUUGCUUUUAGGAGUUUUACAGUCCCUCUAGAGUCUGGCUGAAGGGUAGUACUAUUCACAGACUGCAGAUGAGUGCUUGUUGUGUUCGGUGAUUAGCCAGUGACCAAGCAUUUAACCCUUACCCUUGACCAUUUUGGCAAUUUGUAAGAUGGUAGUACAAAAAUUGAGGGACCAGAAUGCAACUGCUGCAGUGUUUAAGGUUGAACGGAACCAGAAUGUAACUUUCAGAGCAUUUAAGGGGGGAUGGAAAAUGUGAAAAAGGCAGUUUUCAAUUAAAGACAGACAUUUAAAGCUUC